AUGCUGCUGCGUCAUGUUUCGCUCGCCGCGGCCGCCGUCGCCAGCGCCAAUGCGCAGAUUCAACUCCGCUGGUCGACCGAUCUCGGGGGAAACGCGAACAGGACUUAUGGCCCCGACGGGCCAUGGCAGGCGCCACUCCUCAAGCUCAACGGCACUGAGAUGCCUCUCUGGCCGGGUGGCUCUGGUAUCUCUGAGAUCCUGACGAAAUCCGUAGGCGGAGAUUACACGCCGCGCGCUGACACCGUCAAGACGGGGACUUCGAGAGCUUGGUCUGAUGGCUGGUUCGCCAGCGCCUUUAUGGGGGCGGGCUGGGCAGGAAUGGAGGCCUCUGACGGCAUGGUCAUCGAUUCGAGGAUGGGAACCAGUCACGAAAUCAAGGUUAACGUGACUUUGGUCGCCGCGACGUCGUGGAACAAUUCUACCACCUCCGACACGACGAUCUACACGCCGACGGUCGGCACACUUGGUCUCGGGCCCAGGAGCGAGAGAGACGUGACAGCCGCCCCAGGGAUCCUCGAACAGCUCAAGGCCUCGGGCGAUAUCGAUAGGACCGCAUUCAGCGUGCAGAUGGGGAGUGCCGCUCUCGGUAUUCCUGGAUCGCUAGUACUUGGCGGGUACGAGCAGAAUAGGGCGCUCGGUCAAGUUGGCACGUUUGCAGUACAGGACUUGAUACCGAUGAUGUUCCUCAGGGAUAUCAUCUUUGAUUUCCAGAUACGGAACCAGUCUUUCUAUCCUAUCAAGUCAAACGUGAGCUUUUGGACGAAUCCAACUGACCUCGGCAUGCAGUAUACCAAGUACGUUGGCGGCGCUGCUGGGUCGGCUGUUGUGGUUCCGAAUCCAGCUUCACCAUACAUUUAUCUACCGCCAGGGAUUUGCGAAGCCAUAGCAGAGAAUCUUCACAUGACGUACCAUAACAAGUCAGGGCUCUACCUCUGGGAUACUGACUUGAGCGCCCAACCAUUCGUCAACCAGUCAGCGUACCUCGGCUUCGUCUUGGCCGACUCGAGCGCAACCAACAUGACAAUCAAAGUCCCUUUCCAGCUCCUCAAUCUCAUAUUGGAGCCACCGCUGGUCGAGCAGAAAGCCAACUACUUCCCCUGCAAAUCCAUCAACUCGAGCUACGGCUUCUGGCAGCUGGGACGCGCCUUUCUCCAAGCCGCGUUCCUCGCCGUCGACUACGAAUCCAACGUCACCUACAUGGCGCAAGCCCCGGGCCCACGCAUGGAGCAGAGCAUUGUCAAGAAGUUUGACGGCUCGGCCAUUAGCACCAACCCGGCUGAGUCGUUCGUCACGACAUGGGGCGAUGCCUGGGAUAAAGGACAAGUUUUCCAAAGCUUCGACACCGGCGAUAAGGGAUUGACAGCUGGAGGCAAGGCUGGCAUCGCAGUCGGGGUUAUGGGCGCAGUCCUUGCUUUGGUAUGGUUCUUGCGCCGCCGAAGAAAGCAGAAGAAUGGGCCCGACUCUCCGCCGGAUGCCGUUGACAAGGCCUUUUUAUGGUUCAACAGAAAGAGAGGCAAAAUUCAGAGGACACAAGUGGCAAGCCAGACGAGUUCGAUGGCCGAGAUUGGAGGAAACGGGGAGAUGCAUACGAGGCAUCGAGCGGAACCAAAGGUUCUGAGGGAAGGGAGCCGCGUCAGCGAGUUGGAUUCGCGGUCGCCUCUCACUGAGCUGGGGACGCCGUUGUCACAUGAGAUUGGCUCAACGAAUCAUCAUCCAGUCAGGCACGAGGCACCGGACGACCACAUGGUAUACGAGAUGCCCGCGAAUUCCGAAAGAACGCAUAAGACACAAUGA